AUAAGUGAUAGAAACUGAUGAAAUUCUAUCGUUGAUAUAAAUUAGCCGAAGUCUACCAUUAAUGACUUAGACAUUUUCUCUGUAUAGAUAACGCUGUAUUGUGUAGGUUUAUUUACCACCAAACAUACAAACGAAAGUCGAUUUUACACAGCUCAGUUUUUUCUUCCUCCCGCACUGAGUCUCUCUAAUGGCGUCCGCCAUCCCUGAAAACCUAACAAGGGAGCAGUAUGUUUACCUAUCCAAGCUUUCCGAGCAAGCCGAGCGCUACGAGGAAAUGGUCAACUUCAUGCAAAAGCUUGUAUUGACCUCCACUCCUGCCUCUGAGCUCACUGUCGAGGAACGCAAUCUCCUUUCCGUUGCAUACAAGAACGUGAUCGGUUCUCUCCGAGCGGCUUGGCGCAUCGUAUCCUCCAUUGAACAGAAGGAAGAAGGAAGGAAGAACGAAGAUCAUGUUGUCCUCGUCAAAGAUUAUAGAUCCAAGGUCGAAACCGAACUCACCGAGGUCUGCGCCAAUAUUUUGAAGCUUUUGGACUCCAAUCUCAUACCAUCUUCGGCCUCUGGUGAAUCUAAGGUGUUCUACUUAAAGAUGAAGGGAGAUUACCAUAGGUAUUUGGCUGAGUUUAAGAUUGGGGAGGAGAGGAAGUCCGCCGCCGAGGAUACCAUGCUAGCUUACAAGGCUGCUCAGGAUAUUGCAGUUGCCGAUCUUGCACCAACGCAUCCAAUCAGGCUGGGCCUAGCACUAAAUUUCUCUGUUUUUUACUUUGAGAUCCUGAACCAGUCUGAUAAAGCUUGUAGCAUGGCCAAGCAGGCAUUUGAAGAAGCGAUUGCGGAAUUGGACACAUUAGGUGAGGAAUCAUACAAGGAUAGCACCCUGAUCAUGCAACUCUUAAGAGACAAUCUCACCCUUUGGACUUCGGAUUCGCAGGACCAGUUAGACGAGCCAUAGAAGGCGUCGUGGAGUCGAAGGUCUGUUUUAUUCCCCUUUUGGAGGAGGUGGGCUUCGAAUGUCAUUUUCCUUGCUUUGUUCUAGUGUGUAAAUUUGACAAUGGAGAAACCUGAAAAAAUUGGAAGCAUUUGAUAAAAACAUUAUCCAUCAGUUAUGAGAGUAUGUCUCUUAAUUCAUGUAGGAUCUCAUUUGGUUGAAACCACAUGUAAGUAAAAGACAUUUCUAAUGUUUUUUCAAUUGGCAAAAAGUCCUUUAAUUGAA